AGAGCGAGUGUAGGAGCUGUAUUCUCUUAUCAGGCGCAUCGGGAUAAGAGGAUACAAAAAGUUAUGGAGGUUAUCAGAGGUAGAUUAUUAUUUGUUUUAUAGAGAAUUUUUACUCAGUAAGGAUUAGGAUAUCGCAGCUUUGGAAUAAUCUUUGAUUUUUUUUUCCCACCUUACUUUGAAUCAUCCAUCCAACAUGCCAGGUUUUGGGGUUUGGAUUAACGCAACCUGGAUUUUACUUCUUAACGUUUUUGACGUGUGCCUUUCAAACUAUUCCGAAGACCAGUGCAGCUGGAGAGGCAGCGGUUUGUCCCAGCAGCAGGGCAGCGUGGAGCAGAUCUCCCUCCACUGCUCUGAGGGCACACUGGACUGGCUGUAUCCCAAAGGUGCCCUGCGCCUCACCCUGUCACCGCGCCUGCCCUCCAUGGUGGUGGGCCCCAGCGGCAGCAGCUCUGGCCUCAUCACAGCCUGCGUCAAGCCCUCGGAGGAGUUCCACGGAGCCCAGCUCUACUUGGAGAGAGACGGGGUCCUCGAGCUCCUGGUAGGGGACCGACUGGAAUCAUCUCCCCCACCGAGGGUCCGCUGCUUCAGCCGUCUGCCUGGGGAGAGGGUGGCCCUCUUCCUGCAGGCAACACCACAUCAGGACAUCAGCAGGAGGAUCGCCUCAUUUCGUUAUGAGCUGAGAGGGGACUGGACUGCGCGCCUGUCGCUGGAUUCUCACCCUAUUAGCAGUGAAGAUGCCUGCAGACCCUGCAACAACACUGAGCUUCUGAUGGCUGUUUGCACCAGUGACUUUGUGGUUCGAGGUAACAUCAAGUCAGUGGAGGAAGACGAGAACUUAAGAGCAGCCGUGAUCAAAGUCAGCGCCACCCGCGUGUUUCGCCAGAAGUACGCCCUGUUCACUGGUAACAGUCGCCUAAGCAGCCGGGGUGAGAUCAGGACUCUGCUUCAGUGUGGCGUCAAACCCGGACCCGGGAGCUUCCUUUUCACCGGCCGAGUCCACUUUGGCGAGGCCUGGCUGGGCUGCGCUCCACGCUACAAGGACUUCCAGAAGGCUUACACGAUAGCCAAAGCAGCCCAGCAGAUACCCUGCGAACUGCCCGUAGACUGAGACAGAAGCUUGUCUGCUACACAAAAUGGAAGCUGUGCUGAGCGCCAGGCCAAACUCAGCCCCGUUCCACGUUCCGGAAGAAGCCACUACGGGUGAAUGUCGGCUUGCGUAGCCACACGAGUGCCAGCAGAAAUCGUCUUCUCAAAGGCCCGAGGAGUGAAAUGGACUUUUCCAGACACCAUUUCAGUGCAAUAUGCAGUCACUUGUUACAAAAGACCUGGUGGUUUCGUGACACUUGGGGACAUGGCUGAAAUGAAGAUUAAGCAGUGAUAAAGAUGGUCAGAGUAAAAUGAAUGAAAAAGCUUUCCAUUAAUUCAGGCCUACUGAGAGUCAUUGCAUUGAAACUCAGGAAAAUUGAUGAAAAGUUCUACAGAAAGCUUGAGGUUAUUAGCUGAUAUCCUGUUGAGGGUACACUCCAGACAGGUGUUGCUGUGGUAUAUUCAAAAUGUAUUUUAUCAAAUAAUAAUGGGACAAUG